AAUGUUUUUUAAGAAUAUUUUUUAUCUUAAAAAAUAAUAAAUUAAUAUUUUUUUAGUAUUAUCUAUAAUUUUAAAAUAUUAAUAUAAAAAAUAAAAAAAAUUCAAACAAAAAUUUAUUUAUAUCACAAUCUCAAAUAUACAUUUGCUUUUUCUUAUAAAUUUUAUUAACACCUUGAAAAGAACAAAGCUCCAAGUUUCUGUAAAAAUGGAAAAUGUCAAGCAUAUUUAAUGUAAUCCACUCUUUAAAUAGAUAUCUUAACCACUGUUAAAACUUAAAGACUCCAAGCAUACACCUGUACUCAAAGAAGUGAAGAACCUUGAAACUUUUCAAAACCUUGAACUUAAUGCCACUUCCUCUGCCUCUACCUCUGCCUGGCUCCUUCCUCUCACCAUCCUAGGGUUUACACAGAGGUUGUCACAAAGGUUCUUUAAAUGGAGGAUGCAAUGGAUGAUUUAAAACUGGUUGACAUCAAGAAAGAGAGUUUGCAUAAAUGUCUCGAUCAACUGCAUGCACAAGCCUCUUCAAUUCUUUCAUUCACUCUUGAAUGGAAAGAUUUGGAGGCUCAUUGUGAAUCCUCGAAGGCUUUUUUUUUAAGGAAAAUGGAAGAACUUGCCUUGCUUGAGAAGAAAAAUGUUGAAAUGUUGAAAGUGGUUGAGGAACGUGAGGAGAAGUUUGAAAUUAAGGCCAAAAAAUAUGAGGAGUGUAUUUCUGAGCUGCAAAAUAAGGAAAAACAGUUGGGUUUGGUGAAAAAUUGGAUUCAAGAAUGUGAUUUGGAGUUGAAAACUCGGCGGGAGGAAUUAAAUAUGGUUCGACAAGAGGUUGAGGAUUGUAAUGUGGUGCUCAGUGUGAAAAAAGAGGAAUUGAGGUUGGUGCAGACACAGAUUGAAUCGAAGGAGAGGGAUUUGGGUUCGUUGGAAAAGUUACUUGAAGAGCAUUGUAGGGAGAUUUUUGAGAAAGAUGAGAAAUUGGGAUCUUUACAGAAGUCGGUCGAGGAACGUUUGAAGGAGCUUGAAUUCAAUGAGAAGGAGGUAGAAAGGGUGAGAAAGUUGAUAGCGAAUUGUGACCGUGAUCUUGAGUUCAAACAGAAGGAGUUACGAAAUGUCAGGAACUUGAUCAAUGAUUGUAAUAAGGAGCUUUCGUCAAAGGAGAUGGAUUUGAAAAUGUUGCAGGUGAGGAGUUCUGCUAAAUUUGUUUCAAACAAGGACGAACUAGAUGGAAUAAAAAAAUCAAUUGAGUGCUCGAAGGAGCUUGAUUUGAAAAAGAAGGAGCUGGACAAAACUAAAGAAUUGAUCCAGGAAUGCGUAAAAGAGCUUGAUUCUGAAGAGAGGGAACUGAGUCUAAUAAAGAAAUCAAUUGAGGAGAGCUCAAAAGAUUUUGAUUCGAGACAGAACCAUCUUGGAUCAAUCAGUGUGUUGAUUGAUGAAUAUACAGAAGAACUUGAAGCCAAAGAGAAGCAACAUGAUGCAGUGAAGAAGUCUAUCAGUGUGCGCUCUGCAGAGCUCAAAUCAAAAGAAACAGAGUUGAGGUCGAUUGAAGAUUCUAUCAAAGAGCUCUCAGCAAAGCUUCAACAAAAAGAGGAGAAAUUGGAUUCAGCUCGACAACAUGUGAAACAUUGUGCCAGAAAAAUUGAAUCAAAAGAGGAGGAGCUCAAUAAAAUCAAAGGAAGAAUGAACACAUAUGUUAAAGAGCUUGAAUCGAGAGAGAGGGAGUUUAAUGCUAUUCAACUGUCCAUUGAAUACCGAAGUGAGGAACUUAAAGGGAAGGAGAGGCAACUGAAAUCAGUCCAACUAUCGAUAGGAGAAUGUGAGAAAGAGCUGAAAGCAAUGAAGGAACAGAAAAAUUCCAUCCAAAAAUUAAUUUUAGAAUGCUCUGAGGAGCUCCAAUCAAAAGAGAAGAACCUUAUUUUGGCAAGAGAAUCUCUCAGAGAAUGCUGUGAUGAUCUCGAAUUGAAGAAGGUGCAGCUCGAUUCAAUUCAAAGAUCUUCCCAUGAGUCCAACAAAAAGUCUGAAGAAAAAGAGAAAUAUCUCAAUUCACUAGAAAAAACAUUAGACGAACGCUUGAAAAAUCUUGGAGUGAAGGAGAUGCAGUUCGAAGAACGUGUCAAUGAGAUUGAAUUGAAAGAGCAACAAUUGCGUUUAAUGCAACAAUCAGUAGAAAAAUACCGUAAAGAAGUGGAGUUGAAAGAGCAGCAAUUAGGUAGCAACAUCCUUUCUUCGCAUGUAAGGGUUGACCAAACUGAAAAUGUUAGAAAUCCAAAACAUGCGUCAUCUUCAGCUUUCCAAUUUAAUGCCACCACCAGCGAGAGGAGUUCACCAGUGGUAAAUGUUUGUGUAAGCGAACAUGAUCUGAUGCACCAUGGAGUUUCAGCUGAACCAGCAAAGGUUGUUUUGGAUAUUGUUCAGAAUUGGAAGAAAGGAGUGACAGGAUUUGAUGCAAGUGUGAACAGGGAUAAUGUUGUUCUAUUGGAGCAGCUAAUGAAAGUUUCGCCAAAAAUAAGUCCUCAGGUGAAAGAAGCUGCAACCAAGCUGGCGGUUCUAUGGGAAAAAAAUAUAAGAUUGGAGACCGAGGAUUCCAUGGAGGUUUUGAUGUUUUUGCUGUUUUUGGCUGUAUAUGGAUUGGUUUCUUGUUUUAGCAGAGACCGAAUUUUAAGACUUGUUAGAGUCAUUGCUCAGCAAAAACAGGCUCCUGAAAUAUUCAAGGCCCUCGGUUUUGCAGAUAAAGAUCUGGCUCCGGCUUUUAUUGAGAAUCUUAUUGAAGAGAAGCAAUAUGUGGCUGCUGCUAGAUUUAGUCUUGCAUUUGAGCUUGUCAGCAGAUAUCCACCAGAAGUCAUCUUGGGAAAAGGCGUGGAUGCAAUGAAUGGUGCCUCGGCCUCCACGGGAAGAAAUAAUUCAAAUGAAGCACAGUGCAAGGCCAUUGACAAAGCAAUAUCUGCUCUAAGUUCUAUUUUGGAACUUGUAGCAGAUUACAAAUAUGAAUCCAAAUAUGUGACUGGGGACAUUAUUCGUUCCAUUUCUUACCUGGAAAAGAAAAGGGAAGGCUGGACACGCUCUCUGCAAGCUCCUAACUCCGUGGAUCAACCACAACCGCAAGGCAGAAACUAUCGAACAGCUGGCAUUUCUUGCCCUGCUGAUCAGCCAACUUCUGCUCGCGUUGUCCAACCACAGCUACUGAAUCCAAACCUCUGGAAUCAACUGCAACAACAAGAUAUGCGUUUUAGGUCUGAUUUUCUGGUUGAUAUUCCUGGAGUAAGGAAUCAGUCCGCUUGUGCUCCCAUUAUGCAACCACAUCUACACAACUCAAACUUCCAGGACCAAGAACAACUGCAAAAUAACAAUAAGCGUCCAAGGAUAGAUCUGUUAGCUGAUAGACCACAAGUUACUCAAGAUGUUGCAGCUUAUGGAGGUGCAACGCAGUUUUUCACUGCUACAAACCACUUUGGAGCCUCAGACUUGAAUGCUCAACAAUCAAAUAUUGCUGGAAGACACAACUGGUACCCCACCUGGCAACAGCGCUGAUAGGUCAUCCCUGUCACCGGCCUGUACAUAGUGGUGCAUAGAACCGUGCUCAUGUAUUCUGUCACUAGAUCCCUUCUCUUGCUUUUGUCCAUAUUAGAACCCGUGCUAAUCAUCCUGCAAUGCCUUACCUAGGUUAAUUUAAGCUGUUUUUUUAACUUUUGAUUCCAAGAAAAGUUUAUGUUUGGUUAGAAAUACAUUACCACUAAAAUCAAAAGUUUAUUACGAAAUU